AUGGCCGCCACUCUUCCCUGCUCCACAGACCAGGCCAGCAUCCAGGCCGCCGCCCUGCCUUGCACUGACGGCUGUCUGGCCUCCCCGAGGGUCCCUGCAGGACUGGACGCGGCUUGUGCUGGCAGGAGUGGUGCUGCGGUGGAGGUUCAGCAGCAGCAGCAGCAGCAGCAGCAGCAGCAGCAGCAGCAGCAGCCAGCCUCAGAUGUGGGGAGGCGCAGGCAUGGUGGCAAGAAUCACCUGGAGGCAGGCAGCUCUGUCCACAGAGGAGAGAGCAAGUUUGAGUGCCAGCAGUGUGACAAAACUUUUGUAUCCAGACAAGGCCUUGACUACCACAUCCUGACACACAGUGGUGUUAGAAAUUAUGAGUGUGGUGAGUGUGGCAGGAAAUUUACCUGUAAGUCUCACCUCACCAGACACACCCUGACACACAGUGGUGUUAGAAAUUAUGAGUGUGAUGAGUGUGGGAAAAAAUUUAUCCACAAGUGUCAGCUCACCUCACACACCCUGACACACAGUGGUGUUAGAAAUUAUGAAUGUGAUGAGUGUGGGAAGAAAUUUAUCCACAAGUAUUCCCUCACCUCACACACCCAGACACACAGUGGUGUUAGAAAUUAUGAGUGUGAUGAGUGUGGGAAGAAAUUUAUCCACAAGUCUUCCCUCACCACACACACCCUGACACACAGUGGUGUUAGAAAUUAUGAGUGUGAUGAGUGUUUGAGGAAAUUUACCCACAAGUCUGACCUCACCAACCACACCCUGAUACACAGUGGUGUUAGAAAUUAUGAGUGUGAUGAGUGUGGGAAGAAAUUUACCCAAAAGUCUAACCUCACCACACACACCCUGACACACAGUGGUGUUAGAAAUUAUGAGUGUGGUGAGUGUGGGAAGAAAUUUACCCACAAGUCUAACCUCACCACACACACCCUGACACACAGUGGUGUUAGAAAUUAUGAGUGUGAUGAGUGUGGGAAGAAAUUUACCCGCAAGUCUCAGCUCACCUCACACACCCUGACACACAGUGGUGUUAAAAAUUAUGAGUGUGAUGAGUGUGGGAAGAAAUUUACCCACAAGUCUUCCCUCACCACACACACCCUGACACACAGUGGUGUUAAAAAUUAUGAGUGUGAUGAGUGUGGGAAGAAAUUUCCUACCAUUUCUCAUCUCAAUCAACACGCCUUCAGACACACUGGGGUGAGGGAGUUCGAGUGUGAUGUUUGUGGCAAAUGUUUCAAGACAAAGGGUGAUAUUGCCAAGCACUUGAAGAUCCACUUCUGAGGUGGUGGUGUGUGGACACAUGGGGCCACACCUGUACCUGUGGUGGUGGUGGUGGUGGUGGUGGUUGCCGUGCCUGUGAGGGAGUCAUGGCCCCAGCAGUUUUGUGUGGUGGUGGUGGUGGUGGUGGUGGUGUGGUGGUGGUGUGGGGGGGUCAUAGCCCCAGCAGUUUUGUGUGGUGGUGGUGGUGGUUGUGUGGAGGAGUCAUGGCCCCAGCAUUUGUUUUGUUGGCAGUGCAGGUGUGACUUUCAAUAAAUGUGUGUGUGCAGUAAACCUUUGUUUGUGUAUUCACCAGGUGUAGUAUACAGGGCCUCAGCUACAGGAAUAUAUUGUAGUGAGGUAGCCCCUCUCUCUCCUUGCCUCAAGUGUUUGUGUAUUCACCAGGUGUAGUAUACAGGGCCUCAGCUACAGGAAUAUAUUGUAGUGAGGCAGCCCCUCUCUCUCCUUGCCUCAAGUGUUUGUGUAUUCACCAGGUGUAGUAUAAAGGGCCUCAGCUACAGGAAUAUAUUGUAGUGAGGCAGCCCCUCUCUCUCCUUGCCUCAAGUGUUUGUGUAUUCACCAGGUGGUGAUGGUGAUGAUGAUGGCGAGCGAGACAUUCAAAGGAGGGCGUUCACGUGCGUGGUGGUGAGCAGGUGAUGAUUGGAGAGGCACAGAACGUUCAGGAUGGAGGAGGAGGAGGAGGAGCAGGAGUCUUUGUGUAUAGGAAGGAGAGGAAUGUAAGAGGAGAAAAGAUAGAUGUAGGCAGCUCUGUCAUGAGAGAAGGCGGCAGAGUGCACAGGCCACCCUGGAAUGUCGUGAAAGGCUUGCGGUGGUCGUGGUGUGCGUGAAGGGGGAGGGUGAGAGGGCAGGCAGAGACAACACCAAGAGUUAACCAGUGUUCUCAUUCAUUCUUCCCUUUCUCAGGUAAACGCUGGGACUCCCUGCCUGCUUCUGCAUUUCCUCCUUCCAAUGGCUUCAAGUCUUUCAACGAGGGGGAGGCUCAAGACAUCGUUUUAUUUAUCUAUUUUUAUUAUUCUCAUUUCAUUUGGCUCCUCUACAGGAACUGGCAUUAAGUUGGCUUUUUAUUCAAAUUUUUUGUUGUCCUUUUCCAACAGCCCUCUUACAUAAAAGAAAAUAACUAAAUAAUAACAAGAAAAGCCAGUGUCUCGGGGUGGCAAAACCACUCGGCCUGGAGAGAAUGUGCAUGGCGUGCCAGCUGUAGCAAUGGAAGGAGUAUUGAGGCAGUGAAGGAGUCCCUGGAGACAAUGUGCAUGGCAUGCCAGGUGUACCAAUGGAAGGAGUAUUGAGGCAGUGAAGGAGUCCCUGGAGACAAUGUGCAUGGCGUGCCAGCUGUAGCAAUGGAAGGAGUAUUGAGGCAGUGAAGGAGUCCCUGGAGAGAAUGCAUGGCAUGCCAGGUGUAGCAAUGGAAGGAGUAUUGAGGCAGUGAAGGAGUCCUUGGAGACAAUGUGCAUGGCGUGCCAGCUGUAGCAAUGGAAGGAGUAUUGAGGCAGUGAAGGAGUCCCUGGAGACAAUGUGCAUGGCGUGCCAGGUGUACCAAUGGAAGGAGUAUUGAGGCAGUGAAGGAGUCCCUGGAGACAAUGUGCAUGGCGUGCCAGGUGUACCAAUGGAAGGAGUAUUGAGGCAGUGAAGGAGUCCCUAGAGAGAAUGCAUGGCGUGCCAGCUGUAGCAAUGGAAGGAGUAUUGAGGCAGUGAAGGAGUCCCUGGAGAGAAUGCAUGGCGUGCCAGCUGUAGCAAUGGAAGGAGAAUUGAGGCAGUGAAGGAGUCCCUAGAGAGAAUGCAUGGCGUGCCAGCUGUAGCAAUGGAAGGAGUAUUGAGGCAGUGAAGGAGUCCCUGGAGACAAUGUGCAUGGCGUGCCAGGUGUAUUGACAAUUAAUAUGAAGGAUAACGUUAAGUUUGUGUUUGCCUUUUUGUUUUUCCCAGCAGGAGUUGUCGCUACAAAGGCUGACUCAGGAGCAAAGCGAGCCGCCUGUAGCGCCAAGCUCAAGCUAAAGAUGUCAACACGACACGUGGUAUGACGGGGCCGCUGGGGGCAGGGUCCGGCUGCUGCCUGGACUGUUGUGGCGUGUACUACUGCUGCCACGACCACCUUCGGGAGGACCGGGAGCAGCACCGGCAGUGGUGUGAGCUGUACAAGCUGUGCUCCUGCUGCAACCAGCAGGCCAAGAACAGGGAGGCCAUCACACUGCCCACCGCCCUGGACCAGGAGUACCGCCCCCUGGCCCCCACCAUGGAGGAGCACAUCCUCUCCCUGGCCAGCAGGCUGCGGCCCGUGGCUGUCGCUGGGGCCUCAGAGAGCCUCACCUUCCCCCUCACAGCCCUCUACGUGCGUGCCGUCGUGCCCUGUACCAUAACCUGCCCCAGGCUACUGCGGCAGCCACCCCCCCUGCCACCCUGCGCUUGGCCUUCAACUGUGGCUUCCACGAGUGGGAGGGGGACGAGGGGGACACCUGGCCAGACUCCUUACCCCUCAUGGCCGACGAUGCUGCGCCCCUUGCCUUCACCUCCUUCAACCACUCAGAGGCACAGAAGGACCUGGCUGCCCUCAGGAGGGCCAAGCCAGAGGUGCAGGUGUCCCUGGCUCGCCCCAACCCCUACCGCAGCACCCGCCCGCUGCAGGACUGGACACGGGAGGAUGGCGCCCACAUGUACUACACCAACCAGUACCUCACUGUGCUGCAGGCCGGCCAGGCAGGGCAGCGGGCGGCACAGGACACGGGGGAGGAAGGAGAGCAGGAGGAGGCAAGAGAGGAAGGGAAGCAGGGUGAGGCAAGAGAAGGAGGACAGAUGGGAGAGCAGCACACCCUGCCAGACACCACCUAGCACCACUCGUCCUGGUCCCUGCCUGCCACACACCCACAGUACAAACCUGUGUUCACUUCCCACACUCCACCAGUACAAACCCCAGCCUGGCAGGUGUGGCUCAACUCUCCACACCUGCACAACACAGAUGCCCUUCAAAAUACACACACUCUUCAUCAUCAUCAUCAUCAUCAUCAUCAUCAAGUCACUCACCAUCACACACAAACCAGAAUCUCCUUGGGGCAGCACACCUCAGCAUUCCACAUCCAGCAUCUUUCUACCUCUGCCACACUGCCACAUCUCCACCAGUGUUCGUGUUCUCAGCUUCACCAUGUCUUCUGUGUUUCUUCGGUGU